CUUAGAGUAACCAAUUGUUGGCAUCUGACAUGAUGCUGUCGUCUCGGGCUCUGGCGGCGCACGGCCACCGAAGAGUGGCACUGACUGUGAGACGCACGCUAGCGAAUGUACUGCAUUCAACCGCUCUCUUCUCCAUGGAUAGCGGAGUUCCGCCGAGCGAGGAGAAGCACAAGGAAGUGGACUUACCCAGUCACAUCAAGUUUCGAAUGCCGGAUCUGGACUUCAAGGAAGUGGGUAGUGGUGCCGGGGACACGACGCUGACGAAGUGGUACGUGCAGGAGGGGGCGGCUGUGACGGAUGGCACGCACAUGUGCGAGAUUGACACGCCGGACCUGUGCUUCCAGCUCGAGUCUGGUGACGAUGGAUUCGUCGCACGCUUAUUGGUGAAUGAGGGCUCCAGCAACGUUGCUCCAGGCCAGCCGCUGGCCAUUAUUGUGCCCACAGCGGGGGACAUUGAGCCGUUCGUGAGGAUAUUGACGAAAAAUCCGCGUUGCAUCGAAGGUGCAACUCAAGCGACCGAACCUGAAGUUGCAACAACGCCUUCUGCUGUUCCUCCCACUGAAAGUGCCGUGUCCAGUGACGUCUUGCGCAUGCUGAACAAGCUUCACAAGGAGGGACGUUUUGAAAACGAGAAGGCUCUUAAAAUGCUCAAGUCACUAGCCCGCAAGAAUGAUGAGCAGCUGCUCACGACGUACAAGGCCAGCUACGAGGAUGGCGUGCUGGAGGAAGUGGCAUUUGACAAAGCUUUUUUUGUGGAAAAUGCACUGGAACUCGCUGAGGAAGCCGCAACCCACAUUGACCCCAACGCAAAGUAGAGUGACGAAUAAGCUACACUGCGCGCCAGGUUAUUAUGACCACUAACUUUUUGGGGCAUAGCUCGGUCACUUCU